ACACAAGUCUCUCGGUUAGGGCUGGCAGGCUACGGAAGACUACUGAACACUACCAGUGCUGAGUGAUUAUAUAUACCUCCAACUGUAACAAACAGUCUUUCUUCUAAAAUAUUUUCCAGUCCGUCGGUACCUGCUGCACUUGCCCUCCCCUGGUUUAGAAAGACUUGCGGUGCUCUCAUUUUCGGCAGAAUAAAUAUCGGAUAAAAUAAAGCGAAAUAACGGACACGGUUUGGGUGAAAUGUAUGGUUAUGAUUACUGUUUUCUGAGGAGGGUGUCCAACACUGAGCUGUAGUUUAUCUUGAAGAGGCAAGGAAUGCAAUCUGGGCAUCAAUGUUUCACUGGGGCAAGUGGAAGAAGAGGAUGGGAGCCAAUAGUUCUUCAAAGCGACCAGUUUUCGAUGAAAAGGAAGAUGUGAACUUUGACCACUUCCAGAUUUUGCGGGCCAUUGGGAAAGGGAGCUUUGGAAAGGUAUGCAUUGUGCAAAAGAGGGACACCGAGAAGAUGUACGCCAUGAAGUACAUGAACAAACAGCAGUGCAUAGAGAGAGAUGAGGUCCGAAACGUCUUUAGAGAGCUUGAGAUCCUACAGGAAAUUGAACAUGUUUUUUUAGUAAAUCUCUGGUACUCAUUCCAGGAUGAGGAGGACAUGUUCAUGGUGGUGGACCUCCUUCUGGGAGGAGAUCUCCGCUACCACCUGCAGCAGAGCGUCCAGUUCAGCGAGGACGCUGUCAAACUCUACCUCUGUGAGAUGACACUGGCGCUGGACUACCUGCAGAACCAGCACAUCAUCCAUAGAGAUGUCAAGCCAGACAACAUCCUGUUGGAUGAGCAAGGUCACGCUCACCUGACUGACUUCAACAUAGCAACGAUAAUAAAGGAUGGAGAGAGAGCCACGGCCUUAGCUGGAACAAAGCCCUACAUGGCCCCAGAGAUCUUCCAGUCUUUUGUGAGUGGAGGGACGGGCUACGCCUUUGAAGUAGACUGGUGGUCACUAGGGGUGACAGUCUUCGAAGUGCUACGUGGCUGGAGGCCCUAUGAGAUCCAUGCCAGUAACUCAGUGGAGUCGCUGAUUCAGCUCUUCAGUACAGUCAGUGUCCAGUACAGCCCAGCCUGGCCCAAGGACCUGGUUUCUCUCUUGAGGAAGCUACUGACAGUGAACCCAGAGCAUCGUUUCUCCAGCCUGUCUGACAUGCAGACAUCUCCCUACCUCGCUGAUGUCAACUGGGAUGCCGUGUUCGAGAAGAAGAUGGAGGCUGGAUUUGUUCCUAAUAAAGGUCGCCUCCACUGCGACCCCACCUUUGAGCUGGAGGAGAUGAUCCUGGAGUCGCGCCCGCUUCACAAGAAGAAGAAGAGGCUGGCCAAGAACCGGUCUCGAGACAACAGCAAGGAUUCUCAGUCUGAGAAUGACUACCUACAGGAGUGCCUUGAAGUGGUGCAGCAAGAGUUUAUGAUCUUCAACCGCGAGAAGUUGAAAAGGCGUCAGGAGGAGGGUCAGUCAGAGGCCGGGGGCGAUGAUGCCAGUGGAGACGGGGACGGAGAGGCCGAAGCAGGGGCCACCGAUGAUGACGCACCUGAGCCAGAACCAGAUCCUGAUCCUGAUCCCGAGCCGGAGCCUGAGUCCUCCUCCAAACUGAGCAUGUGCGGCUCGGUCUGCUCCUCCCCCGGCAGCUGCUAGCGCCUCACAGAGACGAUCUCAGGUCUCUCUGGCCACUGCAGUGUUUGUGCCAUGCCAAUAGAUACAUCCUCACCUCUCUCCUCUGUUGUAGCAAGGAGCGGAGGAAACACACAGCAGGGCACCUUGACGCACAGCAGGACCCAAAAUGGCUCCCAUCAUCGCUCCUCCUUUUUUUUUUCUGUAGCAUCCUUCCGGUAAGGCAUGAAUGAAGCAGAUUUCCAGAGAGUCCCCACCUACUUUACCAAUCUGCCCCUAGAGUAAACUCUAACUUCUAUGCAAUGUUACAGUAUAGCAUGACAAAUAAGGUAUCACUUACUAGGAGGUGUUGUUCAUGAGCAGAAAGCUCCACAUGCAUGAUGACAUCCCGAGUAAUAGUAGUCCAUGGUUUUAGGGGGGUUGGUGGUUUUGGUGUAGACGCCUCCCCUCUCAGCCUUUCUGUUCAAAUUCUGAUGGGAACGACUGAAUUAUUCAGCGUGCGCAGGCACUCAGUUUAUGUUAUUGCCUUGUCUUCGCUCUUCCCCUCAGCCUCUUUCAUGUAAGGUGUGCCCUAAUUCAGAACAAUUGUUUUUCAUUUUCUCCUGUAGCACCUUCCUUCUGUUAAAACACCUCUCCGAGAAACAUUUACAGUUAGUGUUCAUGGCUGAUUUCAGUCGGCUGAUUUCAUGUUGUAAAUCUGUUUGAAGCGGUGCCUGUUGAUUAUUAUCAGUAUUCAUUAAUCACAUUGUUGCCAUGGAUGCAUUAUAGGUCCGAAUGCUAGUUUGAUUUUCAUAUUUAAGUGUUAGCUAACUGUUCUUUUUCCAGGCUUUUUUUUAGGACGAUAAGGUACUGUAAUUUAUGGGAAAUCAGUACAGCAAUCAGAAUGAAAGGUUUUACUUGUCACUGUGUCUGUAAUGGUUACCAAGAUGUAGUAUUUUAGCCCAUUUUGCACCAUGCUCUGAUUCAAGGAGCAUUCAGAAACUCUGCUCUAGGGAAUAGACACCAAUCACCAAUCCCAUCUUUUAAGAAUCAAUUAGAAAGCUCUACUUCAUUAGACAUCAUAAUCUUUUUAAGUGCUUGGUUAGUAUAAAGAUCAUCUCCCUGUAGAGCUUGUUUUGGGGCUGUACUUAAAUGUGUAGCUGUGCCCUGUUGGUACUUCAAAUCGUAUAGAUGAGCUAGUCUAUUACUGUCAUAGUGAUAGAAAUACAUAUAAGGUGGCACCAUUAAUCUCAGUCUGAACACCUGGGAACAUGUAGCAAAGGUCCACCUUAAAACCCUAAGGCCUAAUAACAUGAAAACCAUGUAAAUAGCAAACAAUGUAGGUAAUUAAACUCACCACAGUUUUAUGUGGGACUCUGAACUCAACAUAUAAACUAAAGGAAGAGCUCUAUGAAGCUUAGUGCUGCUUCAUUCUGCUCUUCUUUCCAAGUGUGCAGGCACAACUUGUAGGCAAAAUAUGCCAAAGCUUUUCUACCAUUUGCAUAACCAUUUCUAAGGAACUUUGAGUGUAUGAGUGUAUGUCUCUCUUUUUCCCAGUAUAACAUUAAGUCAGUGUUCCUUCUGCAAGUGAAAAUGCUAUCAUUUAUACAAUCAUAUUGUGAUUAUGUAUAAAGUAUCUAUUUCAGAUGGAGGGUGGGCUUAAAGUAAUAGUUUGACAUUUUGGGAAAUACACCAAUUUGCUGUCUUUACAAGGAUUAAAUGAGAGACUGACCACCACUCCAUGUUUGUGCGUUAAGUACAGAGCUGGGGCCAAGAGGAACUGAAGCAGAGGAAAGCAGUUAGCCUGGUUUUCUGUCCAAAGUUCAAAAAUACACUUACCAGCACCACCUGAAGCUUUCUAAUUAACUCUUGUGUGUUUAAUCCAUUCACAAACAGAAGUCCUUGGGUGGAUGGAAAAAGUAUUGUUCGUCAAGGUAUUCCUCUUAAACCACAAAUUACAGUUUGGAUUUGUAGAUGAGAUACAGAGUAUUUGUUUGUCAGCUUUAGACCUGUGGUAGGUGGAUGCUGACCUUCAGGAGACUAAAUGACGCAAAAUGCUAGUCACAUGAAAGACGCAGGCAGCGAAAGGCAUCAGUAGGCUAUAUUAACUUGCUGUUCUCACUAGCUGGCCUACACGUAUUGUUAAACUGUUUUGAAAACUAGUUAAGAAUGCCUUCAGAAGCCUACAUAAGUUAGAUAGUGUGGUGAAGCAGUUAGCUUCUACCAAAAGAGGUGAACGUCUUAAAUUCCAAAGUUGUCUUAUCAACAUGUUGUGUGCUCUUAGCUGGCUUGAUUACUAGUUAGCCACUGGUAAAUCCACAUUCAGGAAUCAACUGUUCUGCAAGGCACCUGUUGAUGGUCAGUACUGUCUCAUUUGCUAUUUCUGCAGGUGUUAAAUUGAGAAUAUUUGAUGUGUUGGUCUGGAGUUGUUGGAAGGCUCCUUUAACUGUGCUUUAACAGUAACAAGUAAUGUAACUUACCACUUUAUUGCUGUUGAGUAAUUGGUGGAUUAUUUUUUUGAAUCAGUAAUAUGAAAUUAAUAAUUGCUUACAUUUCAAAUAACUUGCCCAACAGUGGUAAUAAUUUUCCUACAGUCAGCCAGUGGUGGUGGGCUGCCAGUGAACAUGCUAGCAGAUUAGCUUGCUAGCAACAGUCCUAGCUUGGCUCUGUCGGCCAUGUGCCCCUCGUCUUCUCCUGGCUGUUUCCAGUCUUUAUGCUAAGCUAGGCUUAUUGCCUCCUAGCUGCAGCUUCAUACUAAGCACAAAGGCGUGGGAGCGUUAUCAGUCACCCUCACCCUCAGAAAGAAAGUAAAUAAGCGUAUUUCCUUUAAUGUUGAACUAUUUCUUUAAACUAUACAUAAUGAAUAGAUUAAGGAGCUUCUUUAAAGGGAUGUAAAGUGGCAUCUAACAAGUCUGCCAAAAUAUAUGAUGAACUUAACAGUCUCAAGCCCUGUGCUUCUUUGCAUGUACCUUUUACAGUAUAAGCUUGUUUUUGCCAAAGCCUGGAGCUUGAGCCUUACUGGCUGAUUUGUGCAUGCACAAGCUUUUGGCACUAGCAUACCUCAGCGCUCACAUGACUAUAGACACAGUCCAAAUCUGAGUAUAACUGGUCUGCAUUAAUGUUUCUGGACAGUGAGUUUUGUGAACCUUAAACUGUAUAAAUCGUAUAAUUCCAGUGUUAUAUGGACGGCAUGAUACUUUUAGAUGAUAUGCAGUACCUUUUGGCAUCCUGUAGAUUGUCUUAAUGCUUUGGUCAAGUACAGUAUACAGGCUCGUACCCUUGCUGGAUGAGUGGAAUGAGGUCAACAGUUGUGUGUGAUGCUCUGUUGUGGGUUAAGUGUUGCGUUAUUGUCUGUGCAGCAGAGGAAGAAUAUUUGGAAUUGGGGCAGGUUUUCACUUCACCCUGACACAGAAUUUGCUGCAUUAUUAAAACACUGAAUGUCUCCAUUUGUGGAAAAGAAAGGUCAGUUAUUUAUUAAAUUCAUUACAUCCGUCUACACACUAUCAGAAUCAACAUAGGCCUGAACUGGGUGUGUAAUGUUAAUCAUUUGUAAAUGGAUAAUGACUGAUUUUGACAGUUAAUUUAAGUGUAGCUUAAGUUACAAUGCUAAUCUACAGUUGUGGCAUUUCCUUGAUAUCAGUGAUCAUUCGUAAUUGGGCCAUGUGUGCAAACCCUCCUAACGUGUUAACGUUCAGAAUGCCAUUAGGUGUUUCAAAAAAGCCAUUGUGUUAGUGUUUCACCAGCAACAGCAUGUCUCCUAUUCAACUGUUUUUUUGAUGGAUGCUCUCGAGUCAUACCAUACUGUAGAUGUCUUAACUCUGUGGAUACGGUUUGAAACUCAGUGCCCUGUUGAGAAAACAAAUCAAGAAGGUCAUGGGAUUUAUGCCACUCUUCUCCUUCUUGUGAUCCUAUUUUGCAUAAUGUUCUUGUGCUGCAGGAUUUUUACGGGGAAUCAGUGAAAAGCCUUGUUACUGAACUACCAACUAAAACUGCUCCAUGUGUUUAAAAAAAUGCUGCUUUAACUGCUUUGAUAAAGAAAUAAAUCUCCUUCCAGUUA